AUGAAGAGGUUCGUGACCAUUCUUUUCCUACUAUGUUUCACACUUGCUAAUGAGGUGUUCCAAGUGUUCAACAAUAAAGAGUUUGAGAAUGAACUAGGGUUUGGUGGACACCAAGAUCUACUACAUCUCAACCACACCCAAAAAGGACCCCAAGUGAAGCAUUAUUCAAGUGAUAAACGAAAGACAUCAUCGGAAGGAUUACAAGAGUUUACUCCCAUUAUCGACACUAUUGUACAAUCAGAAGUAAAAUACUAUUCAUUCAAUGUAAAUACAUCUACUGGUCUAGGUGAAUAUUAUGAAUUUUUAAUCUUUUUAACAGGAAAUAUAUGUACACAACCAGAUAAUGUUGAUGUUGAUGAUACAAGUCUAGCAGUGUACUACUCAUUCAAUUCAACCAUGUUUCAGAAUAAUGAAGUGGGACAAAUGGAGUUGUUCGAAGAUGGCUAUUUCCAAGCAUUGGCUGAUUUGCCGAUAUAUCCAACAUCAACCACAUCUUCCGCAUCUACACCUACUCCAGGAGUUGUAGACGAUAACCAGCAGGUGUUAUAUAUCGCAGUUCGAGCGCCGCAGAAUACCAAUGUCACGGCAACUUGGACUUAUCAAAUCGGUGUAUCACAAAAUGAUUUAGUUUUCCAAUGGGAUAGUCGGUCAUUUGGGUUCAUUGUUGAUGCUGAUGAUAAUCUGGCUUUAUUGAUCACAGAGAACCUUACUGAAUAUGGAGGGGAUUGGGGGUCAUUAAAUGCAUCAAAUUCGAAAUAUUCGCUUUAUGUGUAUCCUUAUGAAGAUAAGGAUAUUUUCAAAGGGUUAAGUAAGAGUUGGUGUGCUAUACGGUCAGGUCAGGCAAUGAUGGGGCCUUGGAAUACUGACAGUUCAUUUACGACUCGAAAUGGUGGGAUUCAACAACAAUUUUACGUUCCCAAUUUGAAUGAACUGACGCAGUAUAUUGCCUAUGUUGUGGCUGAUUUUAGUGGAACUGAUUUUGGUGGAGCAAUAUAUCAACAAAUUGAAUUUGAAACCAUGUCGGGCCUGGCAUGUGAGUUAAUUUAUGAUUUGGAAUUUUGUAAUCGAGUGGCGUAUAGUGUCCCAGCAUUGGGUAAUCGAACACAAGAAGAUGAUGAAGAAAAGAAUUCAACCAAGCAGAUUUAUGACAAUUUUGUCAAAAAUCUAUAUCAAAAUUUCUCCAAAGCAUUACAACAAGUCGCGUGUGAUACGGUACCUGAAGCAAUAUAUUCCAACGUGCGAUCAUGUGAUGAUUGUGCUGACAGUUAUAGAGAUUGGUUAUGUGCUGUGUCGAUCCCACGAUGCGUAGCUAAAAAUGCUACUGGGUACCAACUACGCAACGACACCAGUCAACGAAACGAUUUCAUCAAGGACAUUAUCCAGCCAGUAGAGGAUUAUUACGAAAUAUUACCCUGUGUUAAUGUAUGUCAUGCUAUUGUUCGUGAUUGUCCAUCCGAUUUUGCAUUUCAAUGUCCCACUCGAAACGAAAGUAUUGCAUUCAGUUACUAUUGGGCUGAAGAUACUGGAACACAAUGGCCAUCGUGUAAUUAUGUAGGCAAGAUGUUUAUCAAGAGCAGUUGGGGGUUGAAAUUGGCUGCUAAUUGGGCAUUACUAGGGGUGGUUAUUCUUAUGCAGAUUAUAUAG